AUGCCUGGUAGUGCCAGCAACCCUAUCCGCAAAAAGCAAAGUGAGGUGAUCAUCCGUGCCACCCGGAUGCCAUCGUCAUCCCCGCCGACUGUCCCGGGCUUGACGAGCGGGUCGGAGUCUCCGUCGAUCUCAUCGGUGGAGACUAGGUCUGACGGCGGGUCGGCUGUCAUGUUUGGGCCUGCGUCUGGACGGGUCCUUGGUCCUGCCUUUGUGGGGAGAGGUGAGCGGGACUCGGUGCUGGAGGACAAUGCCAUGGCGCCUGUUAUCACGGGUAUGGCUGGCAGCAGCAGGCGUCCACGCUCACAGGCGUCCUCAUCAUCGUGGAGUACGGCCGCGCCGUCGGUGCCGUCGCUGGCUGAUUCAGAUAUAAACCUGAAUAUGGAGGCGAAUGCGAAUGCGAGUCUGGAUAUGAGUCCCGCCGAGUCUGGGAUUUAUGCAUGUCUGUUCCAUAUGUUGGACUGCCACGAUACCUUCGACGAUGCCACACAGUGGAGGACUCAUGUCCUGAGCCAUUUCCGCACACACCCACCACCACGAACAGCGCGAUGCCCGCUCUGCCCAGACACAGAGUUCACCGACCAAGGACUCGAAACAGACCGGUCAUCUAUAUUCAGUCCUGCCUCACCAACUGAAUCCAACACGUCCAACCCUUCACCACCCAGCACGGCAGGCUCCUCGCAAGACCACCAACCUUCCGCCUGGGGCCGCCUGCUCAACCACGUCGCCACAGACCACUACCAGCAUGGCCAGACGCUGGCGGGGAGUAGACCGGAUUUCGAGCUGAUGCGCUACCUGUACGGGCGGCGGAUUAUCUCAGACGCCCAGUUCAAGGCGAUGCAGCUUGCGCCUGCGCCGUCGAGCCCGGCAUAUCAUCGCUCGCAGGACGGCGUCCGGGCUAGUAUUGGGUCUGCGGAUGAGCCGUAUUGUGCGCCGUAUAGUCGGCGGAGAGAGGAGAGGAUGCGUGGGCAGCAGAGGGGUGUUAGUGUGGUAUUGUGA